UAUAAUAGAACAAAGAAACGCUAUUACAUCAAAACAAACCAACACCAAGAACUCAAAAUGUUGCGCAUACCAGGCAUGCCCUUGCUACCGGGGACUCUUUUCCGCGAUGUUGGCAAGCAUCACUAUCCAAAGCCGCAAUCGCUCCUUAAUUACCAAGGAUUGAGUAUGUUAAAUGAUCGUCAGCAGAUAGCGCAGGUUGAUUCCAGCGGCGUUGUUGAUAUUAGCUGCCCCCCUGUUGGCGCCGCCUCUGUCUUUCCGCCGCGUACAGGACCUCGCAUGCCAGCUUGGUUGGCGUAUGAUAAGAAAGUGUUGCGCUUUAGCGCUUAUUUUAAGCAAACACUGCAGGAGGUCUAUCACGCGCCUUAUAUUGUACGUAAGGUAAAGAUCUAUUACUUUUUAGAAGAUGGCACGCUGGAAAUUAGCGAGCCUAAAGUGGAGAAUUCUGGUAUAGUCCAGGGCUGUGUGGUGCACAGGCAGCGCGUUCCCAAAGCUCCACCAUGCGACAACGAAUUUAUGUCCAUGAUCGAUUUAAAUGUGGACACAACUGUACAAAUUUUCGAUAGGCAGUAUCAUAUCACUGACUGUGAUCAGUUCACGCGCGAGUUUCUAAAUCGUCGUGGAGUAGCAGUGCCGGAUCCGGUUCCGGAACCUGAAGACCCUUUUAUGGCAGCGCGCAAUCGUGUUAUUGCCAAGACAAAAAGUAGCCGAGAUCCAAAGCACGCCUUUGCACAGUUUUUGAAAUACGAUCGCCAGAUCUUAAGAUUUCAAGGCUACUGGGAUGAUCGAACUGAAUUUGGCGAUGUGCGUAAGCUUGAGUUGUGCUACUAUCUUUCAGACGAUACGGUGGAGAUCAAGGAAGCACAUAUACGCAACUCAGGUCGCGAUGGACCCACUGUAUUCUUAAAGCGUGGACGCUUACCUCGGGAAUUCGACGGAAUGCUGCUGCCCGGUCAAAACACACCAGUCACAUUGCUGAAUGUCCUGGGAACAAGCAUGCGCAAUGUGCGUUACUGCAUUGAUCCGCUUAACGUUGGCCACAAGGAGAUCUAUUAUUACACCGAGCGAGAUUUGCAGAUUGGUGCAGUCAUCAAUGUGUACGGACGGGCCGUAGUCAUUACCGAUUUAGAUCCAUUCACACAACAGUACUAUCGCGAACGUUUCGGCAUUGAGGACUUCUCUCCCUUGCCAGUCCCAACACGGGAAGAAGAUUGCAUCGAAAACAAUUCCGAAGAUCAGGAGCUACCGCCUUACAAUGGUUGGGGCUCCUACGAGGACUCAGUUGGCAACUGCAUCUCAGUGGAGCCAAAGCCACCAACAAAGGAUUUCAAAAAAUUCAUCCAACUAGAUCGCUUUGUUCUGCGUUUCGGUGCCAAAAUGCUGUCGACUAUCAAAGAGAAUUGUGAUCGCAUAUUUGUGAUCAGCUUUUACUUAUCCGAUGAUACUAUGCAAAUUUUGGAAAUUGCUGUGCGGAAUUCAGGGUUUCUGGGUGGCGAAUUUAUGAAACGCACUCGGCUCGAGAUUCCUGGACAAGAGCGUUUUUCAUGCAAGCAACCUCAAUACUACAUGCCCUGGAACUUUUUUAUUGGAGCCACCAUGUCGUUGAAAGACUUUAUUUUUCAUAUUGUAUCGGCCGAUGAAUAUACACUGCUGUACAUGGAGCACCAUCCGGACCAAUUUCCGCAUGCAAAUAUCGAAAAUAUAAUGAAUAAGGUUCGUAGGGCAUUGGAGACGCGCAUGGAUGACUUCUUGGGUAGUUGUGUCCCCAGCUGCAGUGAUCUGGAAAGCAAGCAGAACGUAUUUGUGUCAUAUGAGAGUUUUAAGGGCGCCUUGAUUGGCAUAAUGGGCGACACUAUUAGCGACCAUGAGAUUAUCUCAUUGUGUCGCCACUUUUCGGCGGAGCAAGUGCCACCAGAAGCAUGCAAACGUGAGAAUGUGCGAGCAGCAGCCCAUUUGGAACUGAAGCGCGCCUUGUGGAAUGCACGAGAGGAUUUAAUGGAGCACUUCCACCACAUCAAUCCAACGAAUAAGCCAUUUUUGCCCGAAUCGAAGGUGCGCUCCACCAUACGUGGCUGCCGGCUGCCCUUCUCAUUGGAGCUUAUUGACAACAUUUUGUCGAUAUUGAAUCGCAACGAGUGCGGCGAUAUUGAAAUAUGUGAUCUAAUGAAUUUCAUCGAUGUGUCCUGCGGCAAGGGCUGUGACAUGCCUCCGGUGAACCUUGCUUUUGAGCUGUGCCCUAAAAUACCGUUCCUAAACAAGGGUCGCAUUGUAGACUUUGCAUGUUUCCUGCGAAAAUUGGGCUUGCCGAUCGGUUCUUCGGAUAUGGUCGCAAGUAAGGCUAAAAAAGUUGGCGAUGUAGAGGCAGGAGCACCUGCAACUUUUAACCCGGAGGAACAUCACGCUCAACAUGAUGAUCAAUCGGAUGCCGAUCAGUAAAAAUAUUAUGUUUUUCACUCAUGGGCUGGGUGUAGAAUUCCACAUUCCAUUAUAUGUACUUGUAUGUAAUAGUUGCUGUCUUUAACAAAAUUUGAGUGUGUAAGCUUACGGCGAUAAUAUUUGAGGUCUAAUUUCGCAAUUUUAAAUACCUAUAUCCAACCCCACCCCCAUAUCUUCAAUCAUUUAUUGUGUUGAAAUUGUUAGUGUCACUUGUAAGUUGUCAUGAUACAACAACGAGUUUGCAUAAACCACUAUUUGUUCACGGAAGCUACCUUGUAAAUAAACAAUUUUAAUAAGA